AUGGCAUCCGGCAAGGCUGUGGUCAUCUUGCUAGUGGCAUAUGCAGCUGCCGUGCUGGCCUCCCAGACUGAAGCCUUCAUUUCCAUCUUCACCCACAGUGAACUCCAGAGAAUGCAGGAAUGAGAGAGAAGCAAGGCACAGAAUCCAGUGGCCUUCCAGCAGGAAACCAAGGAGGCAGGACUUAUGGACCCCCAGGAGCCCACACUGGAAGAAGAAACCCAAAUCAUCAAGCUGACUGCUCCAGCACAAAUUGGAGCAAGAAUGACCUCCAGGCAGCUGGAAAAGUACCAGGCUGCCCAGGAAGGGCUGCUGAGGGAGGCCCUGCUGCUGGACCCCCUGGACUGGGAGAGGGGCCGAGGGCAGCCCCUGUUGCACAAAGCACUGAGAUGGAGUGGCAAGAAGCUGGGCCCCUUGGAAGCCAUGGCAGUCAGAAUCUGA